AUGGUGCAUUUGUCGGAUGAGAUUUUAGAAAAGGUUCUUUGCCGAUUGCCUGUUAAGCUUCUGCUCCGUUUCAGAUGUGUUUCUAAAUCAUGGCUUGCCCUAAUCAGUAGCCCAUAUUUUGUCAAAUUGCACCUGAAAUUAUCAGUUCAAACCAAGAGGAAUAUCAAUCUCAACCUCUACAGGCAUAAUGACAUUUCAUUGAAGUUUUUGAAUUAUGAACUUAGGUCUAGCUUUUCAUGUGAUGGCUUGCUUUGCAUGUCAAAUGUCAAUAAUGCUCUUGAUAAUGUCUUUUUAUGGAAUCCAUCAAUCCGAAAGUCUAUAAAAUUGCCUUACGAAUCAACUGAUCACUCAAUUCAUUUAGGUUUUCCUUCCACAUGUGUUUAUCAAAUCGGUUACGAUAACAUCAAUGACGAUUACAAGGUGGUGAGAACUGUGGUGUUUCUAAAAACAGGUGACAUCAUUGAUUAUGAGGUUAAGGUUUAUAGUUUGAGAUCAAAUUCAUGGCAUAAAUUAGAAAAGUUUUCUCACUGUCCGGAUUGGAAUAGCUUUGGGAAUUCCAUUAUUGGUGGAGCUCUGCACUGGAUCUCAACUGGAAAUUCAUAUCUAAACAGGGAAAGUUUGAUUGUUUCAUUUGAUCUUGCGACAGAGAAAUCCAGAGUACUUCCACAGCCUGAGUACCGCAAUCCUUAUUACAAAUUAUAUGUGGAUAAAUUAGGAGGAUGUCUUUUGUUAAGUUGUCAUUACGAAUCAUCGACGAUUGUGGAUAUAUUUUUACUUAAGGAAUAUGGUGGGAAGAAUGAACAUUGGUCGAAAUGGAUUACACUAUCACCACCGACACCUUCUUUUAGGAUUGAUUAUCCUUUGCAACCUAUUACUUAUUCAAACAAUGGUAAAAAAGUGUUGUUCGCCAUGGGUUAUAAUAGACAUGUUUGGUAUAAUUUAGAAGAGAAGUCAUUUGAGAAAAUGAGUGUUUAUUGUGUGGAUAAAUUAUUUACCCUAUACACUUGCCUUGAAAGUCUCGUCUCUCUGCCGAUUUUCGAUCUUCCAACAGCAAUUACAGAGAUAGGGGGAGUGGCGUAA